AUGCAGUCCAUCCAACUGAUUCCAGCCCCCCCGGAUACGCCCGGCAAGCAGAAGGUGUCCGCAGUGGCAAGAGAUUCGCCUGAGCCGGCAGUGCACCAAGGCCAGGUCGUCACCUUUGGUGACUCGGGUCUCAAACGCGGACUCUCGGAGCGGCAAAUCUCCAUGCUCGCGUUAGCCAGCAUUAUUGGCGGGCCGGCUUUCUACUUGAUCGGAUAUGUAAUCCAUCUCUCUGGGCCCAUUGGCACCUUGCUUGCCUUUUGCCUCGUUGGGUUCAUUGUUUGGGCCCUGAUGCAAAGCAUCGGAGAAGUGACAACCAUGUUCCCGAUCGCAGGAGGCUUCAUCGAGCAUGCGACGCGGUUUGUGGACCCGUCAUUCGGCUUCGCCCUGGCUUGGAUCUAUUAUCUGAUGUGGUGUGUCCUGCUGGCGACGGAAUGGAGCGGCGCGAUCUUGGUUCUUGACUACUGGGUCUCGCCGGAGCAGAUGCCUAUCUGGGGCUGGUGCCUGAUCUUCUUCGGCUUUUUCACAGUGGUCACAAACUGUGGGGUCGUGGUCUACGGCGAAGUCGAGUACUGGCUCGGAUGGGCCAAGCUGCUGGCCAUCUUCGCUUGCUUUUUCAUCUCCUUCCUCGUCAACGUGGGCGCCUUUGGGAACGGGUAUGUGGGGCUGCGAUACUGGACUCCGCCAAACGGACCUUUUCAGGGCGGGCUCGGUGAUUUCGCACAGAGUUUGGUGACUGCAGCCGCCUUCUAUGUGGGCACGGAGAUCCUAUCCUUAGCCGCUGCGGAAACGCACCAGCCCCAGCGGGCGAUCCCCCGGGGCACCCGAAGUGUGGUGAUCCGGAUCUGUGUUGUCUUCAUUGGCCUUGCCUUUUGGCAGUCUAUCAUCUGCCCCGCCACUUCUUCCCAGCUCUUGCAGGCAGACAGCACGGUGGGAAUCUCCCCGUUCACCAUCGCCUUCACGCAGGUCGGCUGGGUGUCGUCAGGAGACUUCAUCAACGCCAUGUGUACCAUGGCCUUCAUUUCGGGGGUCAACGGCGCCGUGUAUGUGCAGUCGCGCGUGCUCUAUUCCAUGGCCUUGACUGGACGUGCGCCAAGGGUCUUUGCGCGGCUCUCGAAAGCGAAAGUCCCGUAUGUGGCGAUUGUGACCGCCAAUAUGUGGGGAUUCCUGACUCUCUUAAACCUCGGAGGCUCGGCCGGCGCCAUCUACUCCUACAUCGUGACGGUCGCCGGGUCCUGUGCGUAUAUCACCUGGGCUUGCAUCGUGUUCACCCACCUGCGCGUUCGCGGCGGCCUGGUUCGGCAAGGUAUCAGCCUCGACAGCAUCCCAUUCCGGGCUGCUGGCAGCAUCUGGAUCUAUCGCGGCAACUUCGUUCUGGUGAUCCUUCUCCUCUUAAUAUCCGGCUACACCAAGCUGACACCCUUUGACCGGGCGGGCUUUGUCUCGUCCUACAUCGCCAUCCCGACCUUUUUCGUUUGUUACCUGGGUCACAGGCUUUAUCACGGAUCUCAGUGGAUUUCACGGAAGGAUAUGGACCUGUCUAUGCGAAUGCCUCGUCUAGAAGAGGAAGAGGGAGGGGCUCAGUCGUGGAGGGGCAGAUUACACCGAUGGCUUCCGUGGUGAUGGAUGGGUUUCCAUUCUUGGGCCAUAAUGAUUUUCAUCAAAAUCUUCAGAGGCCAAGAUGCGACGCGGGAGAGAGGGGAGCUGGAGGGGGAAUGAGGGAAUUAGUGAGAUUGAUUAUGGUUUGCAGUUCCAGUGCAGUGCCAGCCACUAGUUAGCCAGGGUACUAGGAGGAUGCGGUAUCGGACAUGUCUUCAGUUACC